CUGCUAGUGAGUGACGGUGACGAAACCGGGGGUUGGCGUCGCGUCGACCCUCCUCGUUUGGGAGAUGCCGAAUCGGGGAAUGGAGCUAUCACGUGAUGCGGGCCGCUAUCGGGUGGCAUCACGUGAGGGAUACGGGACUGCGGUCGCCGCCUGAGGCGAGCCACCAUCCAAUCCAUCCUUCUCUCGGGCAGUCAACUCAGCCGGCGACCGACCGGGCGACAGACACUAUCACUCCUCAGCACCCACAGCAACAUCCACAGCAGCAGCAGCAGCAGCAUCUGCCUGCAGACCACAGUUUCUGACUUUUUAUGGAAGGGUAAAACUCACUUUAGUA